AUGCCAAACACUAGGAGUCAUUUGGACGUAGUCCAUGAAUUCUGGAAAGUAUUGAGAGAGCGAACCAAAGAGGGAACUUAUGAGUUGGACGGAGAUCAUUUACACAUUGCAGAAGUUGUUGCGACAGCACAACGAGACAGUAUCCCUAAAUUGAGUCAAGAACCGAAACUCAGCAAGGCAUUGCAAGACAGCGUAAAUGUGCUCUUUAGUCACUUGGAGCAGGGCUGGUACGUCUAUGGCGUCAAUACUGGUUUUGGAGGUAGCGCGGAUUCUCGCACAACUGAAGUGAUUGACCUUCAAAAGUCAUUGAUGCAGCACACCCAAAGUGGGAUACUCUCGUUCUCAGAUCCCGAAAAGCUCCCAGGACAUUCUAUGCCCCCCGCAUGGGUACGCGCAGCAAUGGUGGUUAGGUGCAAUGCCACUCUACGAGGACAUUCCGCUGUUUCGUUCCCAACUAUCAAGGCAAUGGCCAACUUACUCGAAUAUAAUCUCACUCCCGUCGUACCGUUGCGUGGAUCAGUGUCGGCCUCCGGUGACCUCAUGCCUCUAUCAUAUGUCGCAGGUAGCCUUGAGGGUAAUCCGGACGUCCUCCUCGAGAAUAACGACAGAGUACUACCGUCACACCUUGCGCUACAGGAGGCAGGUUUGCACCCAAUAGCUUUAGGCCCAAAGGAAGGACUGAGUUUGAUCAAUGGGACAUCCUCGUCUGCCGGUCUGGGAGCUUUAGUAAUUGGUGAUGCCCACCUACUUGCUCUGCUGACACAGGUCUUAACUGCAGGAGCCGUGGAGGCCCUCCGUGGUUCAUCCGAAAGCUUCCACCCAUUUAUAGCAAGAUGCCGCCCGCAUCCGGGCCAAAUUGAGUGCUCGCGAAACAUAUUUUACUUUCUGCGCGGAUCAUAUUUAUCUCGAGAUGUGUUAGAGCCAAAGAACCGUCGACGGGAAGACCUGGUUCAAGAUCGUUAUUCUCUAAGGAGUGCGCCGCAAUGGAUUGGUCCUCAGCUAGAAGACUUAUUGCUUGCAGAUCAGCAAAUUCACAUUGAACUCAAUUCUUCCUGUGAUAACCCGUUAGUGGAUACGGAAGCCAACGAUAUCUACUAUGGUUGUAAUUUCCAAGCUGCAAGCGUUACGUCGGCUAUGGAAAAGGUGCGCCUUGCAUUACAAAUGUUUGGUCGCAUCUUGUUCUCACAAAGUACCGAGAUGAUAGAUCCUCAUCUUAGCGGUGGUCUACCAGCUAACCUUGCUGCUGAUAACCCAAGUCUCUCGUUUACUAUGAAGGGAGUAGAUGUCAACAUGGCAGCCUAUAUGGCAGAACUCUCAUACCUCGCCAAUCCAAUGAGCUCUCAUGUUCAGGCGGCGGAGAUGCACAACCAGUCAGUCAACUCCAUGGCGCUAGCCUCAGCGCGCAUGAGUUUCGAGGCCGUGGAAAUUCUUAAGAAAAUGUGCGCAUGUAGUGUGUUUGUUGUUUGCCAGGCCCUGGAUCUCCGGUCACUACACAUAAAAUUUGUCGAUGAAGCCGUGAAGGUGAUUGCGUCAGUCACGGCCAGUUUAUUUCCAUCUGGGGAAGAGAUUCAAGAUCUCGAUUCCCUUCAAAGAGCGUUGAAAGAGCACGUUGGACCCGCUUGGCUGUCAACCGGGAAACUCGAUCUACAUGUGCGCUGCAGUUUGCUCGUGAGCUCAGCAAUAUCACUUGUCGUCUCUCAUGCAAAAGGUCCAGUGGCAAAUCUUGUUCAUUGGCAGACACAGGCCACAAAGGCAAUAUCUGAUCUAUGGGACGAGACAUUCGAAGCAUUCCGUGCGGCACCUCAUACACCGAGUCUACUGGGCAAAGGUUCACGAAUCCUGUACGAUUUUGUUCGAAAUACAUUAAAAGUACCAUUUCACGAGGGCUUUGUCGAGCAUCCUACCAUUCACAAUAACAUUCACGGUAAUCGACCCAAGAAAACCAUUGGUGGAUGGAUUUCCAUUAUCCAUGCACGCAUUGAAGACCGCUCUAUCUAUGAUGGAAUAAUCCCUCUCGUCGAAGAAGGACUACUUUGUACAGGUACCAAUGGAGCAUAG